AUGGGGCCUCUGAUAUGGCAAUCUGUGCCCGAAGACCCUUCUAUCCCCACGUCCCCCGACACCGAGAUCCGAGCGAGGCAAAUGACGGACACCAAAAACCCCGAGAAGGCUGUGAGUCCUGGAGUCGAGGAGAGGGAGGGUUCCCUCAAGGAUAUCGAUGGAGCCGUGCUUUGGGAGUCGGAACAAUCCCUUCUCUACACCCAAACCCAACAUUCGAUGGGUUUCUGGGAGGCCGUGAAGCUCUAUAAGUGUGCUGUGGCCUGGUCCUUCCUGAUAAAUGUCUCUGUUAUCCUCAAAGGUUUUGAUGGCGCGCUGAUUGGGAGUGUUGUUGGCCUCAACCCCUUCAAGAGGCAGUUUGGGUAUCUGUAUGAGGGGGAAUACAUUGUGAAGGCUUCCUGGAACGGUGCCUUCAACUAUGCCAACAGCGUCGGGGGUAUUGUCGGUGCUCUGUCUGCUGGUUGGCUCUAUGAUCAGUUUGGACCCAAAAUAACACUGGCUGGCUGUUCAUUCCUUUCAAUUGCUUGGAUUUUCAUGGAGUUCUUUGCAGAGAAGCCAGUCGUGCUUUUCCUUGGUGAACUCUUCAAUGGCUGCGUCAUCGCCUUCUACCCCAUUAUGGGAUCAGCCUAUAUUGGGGAGGUCUGUCCUCUUGUUCUCCGCGGUGUUGCUGGUUCCUUGGUCAAUCUUGGCUUCGUUGUUGGGCAGCUCAUUGCCUCUGGUCUGCUCAAGGGAACCAACAGUCUUGAUAACAAGUGGUCCUACAAGAUUCCCUAUGCUUCUCAGUGGGCUCCGGCAAUCCUCAUCCUUGCCUUUGUGUGCUUCUGCCCAAACUCGCCAUGGUGGCUUUGCCGUAAGGGCAAAUACUCUGAUGCCGAAAAAGCGCUCAAACGCCUUGCCUCCGCUGCGGUUGAUGUAGAGCCCACAUUAGCCAAUAUCAAGCAUACCCUCCGACUCGAGAUGGAGUUGGACAAGCGCCAUAACUAUCUUGAUUGUUUCCGUGGACCUGAUCUCCGCCGAUUGAUUAUCGCCAUCAUGGUGUACGCCAUCCAGCCACUAUCUGGUCAGGUUCUCUAUGUCAACUAUGCAGUCCAGUUCUUCGAGCAUGCUGGAUUGAAUUCUUCCAAUGCCUUCUCCAUGAAUGUUGGCCUGACCUCAAUUGGUUUUGUCGGUACCAUCGUCGCGUGGUUCUUCAUCUCCAACAUCGGGCGCCGACUGAUCUAUAUUGUUGGAACCGCAGCCAUUGCUCUGAUCUUACUUCUCAUUGGUAUCCUGGAUGUUGUCCCCCACCAUGGCACAGGUGUAGUCUGGGGUCAGUGUGCACUUUUGCUUAUCUGUCUGUUGGUGUAUGACAUCACUAUUGGGCCUGCUUGCUUUACCAUCCUCUGUGAAAUCCCCUCUGCUCGACUCCGUGGAAUGACGAUUGGUUUGGCCACCGUCUGCUGUGCAAUUUGGAAUAUCAUCUUCGCGGUUGCUAUUCCAUAUGCCAUGGACACAGAUCAGGGCAACUGGAAAGGCAAGCUCGGCUUUUUAUUUGCCGGCAUCUCAGCGCUGUGCACUGUCUGGUGUUACUUCUAUCUUCCGGAGACAAAAGACCGGACCUUUGAGGAGCUGGAUAUCCUUUUUGAAGAGCGAGUAUCGAGCCGGAAGUUCCAGGACUACGAAAUCCACCGCAAUGCAGACGCGAAUGCCGAGAUCCAUGCCGAGGUCUAG